ACUCUAGCAGAGGCAGUGAGCAAAUGGCACAGGGAUACUGGCCAGCGAGUAAGGAUAAUUAACCUGUAUCCAAAGCAGACUUAAAGUCCGGGUUUCCCAUUUCGGGCAACGCGGGCCAGUUUUUUAACAGGACAAUUAAUGCUAAUCCGCUGGAGCUCUUGUAAACCAAGCCUCUAAUCUGAGUCAAGACCCCAAAAGGCUCGACUGCUGUUACUGCAAUGUGUGCUCAUUACAAUUCAGCACUCGUAUACCACCCGUGAAAAACAUACAGCGUGGUUACAGCAGUCUCGCUUAGUGGUGGGUUGAGAUCGGCCGUUCUUGGACUGGGGGUGACGCUCUCCGAGUCGCCUCGCCUUUGGAAUGACCAGAUUUGUUCCUGGACGAUGCACCGUCUGUGGACGGAGCUUGGGAGAGUGACAGAACGACUCGACCGCUCAGUGCGCUCAUGUGACAGUCGUAUAAGGUGCGCGGUAACAUGUGCGCGGUGCUCGCAUGACUCGAACUGGUGACACAGCGGCUUUCACGACUCCGUUCGCCCUAGAAAGGCGGCGUACCGGAGACCCCAGUCUGAUAGGAUUCAAAGGAUACAACUCUGACAGAUAUGAUGACAUGUUCCCGGCGUCUUCGGUCGAUUUUCACAUGUUAGUAUAAGGUUGCCUUUAGUGCACCUUUCUUAUUGUGGGCAUAAAGCAGGAAGGAGCAACCACAGUCACAGAUGCUGAUUGGGUUAGUUAACCUAUCAGUAGUUAUUGAGGCUUCCCGGACCACUGAUGCUGAUAUAUUUUAUACACGCAGUAUUAUGUGAGUCAUAUAAAGAGAACCAUGAGCCCUGUGGAGGAAGAGCCGGACCACAUGAUACCAUGAAGAGAAGCCUGCAGGUCCUGCCUAACCAGCUGCUCAGUGUUCUUCUGAUUUUGUCAGUGCCAGAGAAGCUGGUAUCAUUUGCUGAGGAACUCUACCCCAGCUGGACCCCCCGGAGCCUUGACCCCAUGGUAACGAGCAGCAGGGCCCUCCCUGUGCUCUCGCCGAUCUCCAAGCAUGGCCGACCUCCCGCCCCCAUGGGCGCUAUCUCCCCCACCCCGUCCCUUUCUGCCUUGGCAUGGAAACAGACCCUGUCCUCCAGUCUGGACCAUGGCACUGCUGCCCCAACUACCACUGCAGAAAUUCCUAUCCCUACGCCUAGUACGGCCUCGAUAGACCAGUCCUUUGGAGUGAGUAGAAGUAAAACAGAAGCUACCGAUACCCUUUAUGCUAGCUCUGUUUUCUCAGGAACUGAACAUCACAUGGCUCUUGGAUCAGGGGGCGCCCAGAACACGGAGUCUAAGCAUUCAGAGACCCUAAUCAAUAGAGGGAACACCUUGAAACAGAAGCAGAUGGGUCUCGCAGGUAACAAUGGCACUCAGGAGAGUGCAUCAUUGUCAUCUUUGUCGCGGUCUGCUCCUGCUAACACACUAGGGAAAACUCUCAGGGAGCAUACACACGCGAUCACUCUGCGUGAUGCGUCCAUCCCCGCUGAAGACCCCACCCACCCGUUGUCUACUAUGGUCAUCCCAUCCAUGUCCCCGCCCCUUAGUCUGCCCCAGCUUUCCAGCCCAGGCACAAGCACCAACCCCAGCCCUGAUACAAAGGAUACACAAUCCCCAAGGGUUAACAUGGUCACCGACCUGCCUUUAGACAGCAACGUGACAAAGACCACAGGCAGCACUAGUGUGUCUACCGAUGUGCCCCAUCACAUUGUCUCCCCUCUGGGUAACGCAGCAUACAUGAAUGCUACAGGCCCCAUUCAUAAUAUCACUGGAUAUUUUUGGGAGUCUCAUACAUCCGCAAAUGACUCAGGCUCCUCUGAACCAUCCUCAGUGGCGAACGGGAGCUUCCUGAACAGACUGGUCCCUGCCACCACGCGGGGGCCCUGGGGCUCAAGCAACCAGUCAGGCCCUGCUCUGGACUCCCCCCAAGCUCAUGACACUAUCUGCCUGAGCAAGAUGGACAUCAUAUGGGUCGUGCUCGCCAUCAGUGUGCCUGUGUCAUCCUGCUCUGUGUUGCUGACUGUGUGCUGCAUGAAGAAGAAGAAGAAAUCAGCAAGCCAAGAGAACAACCUGAGCUAUUGGAACAACGCCAUCACCAUGGACUACUUCAGCCGCCACGCCGUAGAGCUCCCGCGAGAAAUCCAGCCGCUGGAGACUGCUGAUGAGCAAGAGACAUGUCUGCCCCCUAAUGGUGAUUACAGUGACAGCGGGGUUGUGCUGGUCAAUCCUUUCUGCCAAGAGACUCUCUUCAUCAACAGAGACAAGGCGUCUAUCAUCUGAGUGCAAUGCCUGCUGCUGUCACUGUCAUCAAAGCGAGACAAAAAAAACCUCCCUGGCUUGCCUGCAUCUUCUUUCCUUCUCAAAGGUUUUUAUAACAUAGUGGACCUGCAGAGACUGUGCUUUAUAUUAUGAUAUAUAGAAAAUGGUUUUAAAAAGAGAAAUGAAUAAGACAAAAGCACUCUUUACUGUGAGGGUGUCCCCCUUGCGUAUUUUUCUGAUGUACAUUUUCUACAGAUGCUUAAUUGUGAUAAGGGUUUUUAUGUCUUUUUGAAUAAAAAAAUGGUAUGUGUGUGGUUUCUGUGACGUCCAAGUGGCUUAGUGGCGUAUGGAAUACAGAGAAAUGUGAUGUAUGCUGUAAAGACGUUUGCGUGAGCUUACCCAAAACACUUAACCUGAUUACUUAAAAACUUAAAGCCUGCUGAACUUGAAUUCUGUCUGUGG